GUUGCCAAGUAACGGAAUCUUGUGUGUCCCUGAUGCAGGUUAUGAUGCUGCUCAGCGUCUAAGUAGCUCGUGAGCUAUAAUUGCGUGUUAUAAUUGUAUUUAUUUUAAUUAAUAAAUGAAUAAAGUGUUUAGAAAUGACGCUGACUCCGAUUAAAGAUGGCGAAUUCACCGCUACGGUGUAUAAACUGAUUAAAGAUGGACGUUAUGGAGACGCUAUACACAUCCUGAGCAAUGAACUUCAGAAACACAUGAAAUCCAGAGCCGCUCUGUCUCUCCUGGGUUACUGCUAUUAUCAUGUGCAGGAUUUCACCAACGCAGCAGAUUGUUACGAGCAGCUCAUUCAGCUGCACCCAGAGGUGGAAGACUAUAAACUGUACUACGCCCAGUCCCUGUACGGAGCGUGUGCUUUCCAGGACGCAAUGAAAGCCACGUUUCUUUUGGACAGCCCUACGAGUCACACCAAGAUGCUAAAACUUCAAGCUGCUGUAAAAUACGGAGAGGAAGACUUUCCAGCAGCGAUGGCUUUGGUGGAGCAGUUGCCCGUGGACGACCCGGACACCGAAGUGGAUCAAGGCUGCUUGCUGUAUAAGCUCGGAGAAUACGAGAAGGCCUGCGCCAAGUUUACAGGCGCCAUGCAAGUGCUGGGAUACCAGCCAGAUUUGGCUUACAACAUCGCUCUCUGUCACUACAGCCUCAAGCAGUACGCCGCAGCCCUCAAAUACAUCCGGGAGAUCAUAGAGCGAGGGAUAAGGGAGCACCCAGAACUCGGAGUCGGCAUGACAACCGAAGGGAUUGAAGUAAAAAGCGUGGGAAACACGCUCGUGCUGCACGAGACGGCCUUGAUCGAAGCCUUUAACCUGAAAGCAGCCAUCGAAUACCAGCUGAAGAAGUAUGAUGAUGCUCAGGAAGCGCUGACUGAUAUGCCGCCCAGAUCAGAAGAGGAGCUCGACCCCGUCACGCUUCACAACCAGGCCCUCAUGAACAUGGACACCAAGCCGACAGAAGGCUUCGAGAAGCUCGCCUUCCUCCUGCAGCAGAGCCCUUUUCCUCCCGCCACCUUCGGCAACCUGCUCCUGCUCUACUGUAAAUAUGAGUAUUUCGACAUGGCAGCUGACGUCAUGGCUGAGAACGCUCACCUCACCUACAAGUUUCUUUCACCAUACCUGUAUGAGUUUCUGGACGCCAUGCUGACGAGCCAAACUGCUCCAGAGGAGGCGUUUCGGAAGUUAGACGACAUGGCAGGAAAACUGACGGAGCAGUUACGCAAGGUCACCAAACAGGUGCAGGAAUCACGACGCACGCGGGACGACGAAGGUCUAAAAAAAGCAGUCGAACAUUACGAUCAGCUAAUCGAGGAAUACAUCCCUGUGCUGAUGGCGCAGGCUAAGAUUUACUGGAACCGCGAGAACUACAACAUGGUGGAGAAGAUUUUCCGCAAGUCGGUGGAGUUCUGCAACGAGCACGACACGUGGAAGCUGAACGUAGCGCACGUGCUCUUCAUGCAGGAGAACAAGUACAAAGAAGCGAUCGGAUUCUACGAGCCCAUCGUAAAGAAACACUACGAUAACCUGGAACAGUGUAACAUUCAGGAGUGUCCCUGCAAAAGAAAGCCUUCGAUCCUCAACGUGAGCGCGAUCGUUCUGGCUAACCUGUGUGUGUCGUACAUCAUGACGAGCCAAAAUGAAGAGGCAGAGGAGCUGAUGAGGAAAAUCGAGAAAGAGGAAGAGCAGAUCUCGUACAAUGACCCAGACAAGAAGGUGUUUCAUCUGUGCAUCGUCAACCUCGUGAUCGGGACCCUGUAUUGCGCUAAAGGCAACUACGACUUCGGGAUUUCUCGCGUGAUCAAGAGUCUGGAGCCGUACAACAAGAAGCUCGGUACAGACACGUGGUUCUACAUUAAGAGAUGCUUCCUGUCCCUGCUGGAGAACAUGGCCAAGCACAUGAUCAUGCUGAGGGACGCCGUGGUGCAGGACUGCAUCCAGUUCCUGGAACACUGCGAGCUGUACGGGAAAGACGUCCCGGCCAUCAUCGAGCAGCCUCUGGAGGAGGAACGCACACACAUCGGAAAAAACACGGUCACGUACGAGGCUCGCAUGCUGAAGGCUCUGUUCUACGAAGUCAUCGGAUGGAACGACUAGCGACUAUUACUGAGCUGAUCCUGGCUCAGCUUUAGCACUAAACACAGCAGACAUCUAGAGGCGAUGUUUCUCGUACCCGGUAAUACGAUGUAAAGUGUGUGUCUGAAGAAAUCCGGAAUAUUCCACUAAUUUCACAUUUAUUUAUCAUUGCUUUUUCUAUAAAAUGUUUCUUCUUACAAUUAUCAAUGUUAUCGUCAUCUUUCAUCUACCACCACAAGAUAAAAUAUUUACUGAUAUAAUAUUUACUGUUACAUAAAAAAUGAAUAAAUAUUUUUUCUACAGAA